AUGCCUUCUAGACAAUUCAUUAGCCUUUGGCCGAGGGGGCUCAGCCAGCAAUGUGCUAGACUUCAGUCCCAAUCAUCCUACCGACCAUUUACUUACCUCACAAAUGCCCAGCGCUCACUAUAUGCAUCCCUAAGUAACCCGCGAUCCUCCGCAUCCGAGCUUCAGACCACCCACCUCCGACCUCGAACACCCGCGCCAAUCUCCUGUGCAAAUGCCAGGUGCAGCCGCUCUGCGUCCCUAUUUUCCCGAACAGGACCUGGCUCUAUUGGUGAAACCUACGUUGCUUACGGAAUGACCCAGAAGCUAUUCGAAGCUUGCAACAUACAGGGAGAUUACAAGAUCCCGCAAUUGCAAGAGAAGGGUGCCGAGAUCCCCAAGACGGGGGACGGCGAGCAUAUUGGUGUCGGUGAAAGCUGGUGGUAUAAAGAACUCGGACUCAUGCCGACCUUCUCAACAUGGUCUCAGAUUACCUUUUUACACAUGUACCUUUUGACGGUGCGACUACGGGCUUUGCCAUCCCGUGAGAGUUUUCAAACGUACUCGCGUCAUCUCAUUGACCACUUCUCGCACAAUGCCGAGAACCGCAUGGAUGUGCUGCACGGCUUGACGAGCCGCUCGAUCCGGAAUAAGUUUUUAAAGGACCUUUUUAUCCAGUGGCGUGGUGUGCUGGCUGCAUAUGACGAGGGUCUCAUCAAGGGUGAUGCCGUGCUUGGCGCUGCUAUUUGGAGAAACCUGUGGAAGGCUAGCUACAACGGCCCGGAUGGGAAGGAGAUAGAUUGGGCAAAAGUGGCGCGAGUUGUCGCCUAUAUGCGCCGGGUGACUUCGGAAUUGGCUAAGCUGGAUGAGGGAGAGCUGAUUAUGAAGCUAGCAUCAGGAAACAAAAAGUCUUUCAUAUUUUCGCCCUCUGAAGCAGACAAACAGCUCGUGAGAGGCGGGCGAUGA